GUCACUCAAGGAAACAUGGCGGCGCAUGCUACCAGAGCUGUGAGACGACUUGUACCUCAGGAGAGCGGUUGGCUCCUGCCCGCAGCCUGGCACUCAUAUACCGGGGGAUGGCGUCAUCACCAUCACUCUGCAGGCACCUCGCUGCGCUACAUACCCCGCAGGGCAGUUCUCUACUGCCCUGGCAAUGAUGAGCGAAAAUUGAGGAAACUAGCUUCGCUGCAUGUCGACUGUGCUGUCUUGGACUGUGAGGAUGGUGUAGCCCUCAGCAAAAAGACAGAAGCCAGGGAGACCAUUCCCAGGAUGUUAGCGGAACUGGACCUGGGCAGGACAGAGAAGUGUGUGAGGGUGAACUCAGUGUCCAGUGGCUUAGCUGAAGCUGACCUGCAGGUCAUCCUGAAGGCUGAGGUCCUCCCUCCUGCCAUAAUGUUGCCCAAAGUGGAGGACGCACAGGAGGUGCAGUGGUUUGUUGACAGGUUUCAGCACAACUUGAAAGGACGGGCACUGACAGAACCCAUUCGCCUGGUCACCUUUGUGGAAACUGCUGUGGGCCUGCUUAAUUUUAAGGUGGUCUGUGAGGAGAUCCGUCGCCUUGCACCCAAGGCUGGUCUUCAUCAUGACGGCGUGGUGUUUGGCUCAGAUGACUUCUGUGCUAGCAUAGGCGCCACACGGACUAAGGAUGCUAGAGAGCUCCUUUAUGCAAGGCAGAAGGUGGUUGUGACCACCAAGGCAUUCGGGCUACAGGCUAUUGACCUGGUCCACAUCGACUACAAAGAUUUGGAGGGGCUGAGGCAACAGGCUCGAGAGGGAGCUCUCAUGGGAUUCACAGGUAAGCAGGUUAUCCAUCCAGGGCAGGUCCAGGUUGUGCAGGAAGAAUUCUCCCCCAGUCAGCAGAGGGUCCAGUGGGCAAAAGAGCUCAUUGCUGCUUUUGACCAACAUCAAAAAGAGGGAAAGGGUGCGUUCACCUUCCGUGGCAGCAUGAUUGACAUGCCCUCGCUGAAGCAGGCGCAGAACAUCCUAACGCUCUCUGCCACCAUGCCAGAGAAGUAACACAUCUGGAAAAACGGGAGGAGCCGCACACCUAAACCUUGACAGGAAAGGUCGAAGGAUACUGGAAAUGUUGCAGGUGUCAUGACAGAAACAGCACAUCUGAAACUUUUGUCACUUUUCCCGAUAUAAGAGGACAGUGGAGAAUACUAAUGUUUAAUUUAAGUUUUUAAAAAGUCUUGAAAUGUUUUGUUGAUUAACUUACCGGUAAUUGGGUGAAGUUUCACUUGUGCUACUGUGGUCUAAUUUAUAUUUGGACAAUCACCUGUCAUGCAUUAAACGAUGUAAAUUCUGCACAUAGCGUGUAGCAACUGCAGAUAUCUGCUUCUUGAAACUGGGACUGUUGAGGAUUAUUGCCCUGUGUGGGAGCUUUCUUGGCACACUUUGCAGUGUGUGCUCCAUCAUGUCAUUCUAAUGUGCCCAUGCCCUCCUGUCUCUCCUAGGUCAUGAUGAAUGCUCUCCCAUCUCCACAGUCCAGACAGCUGGGCAAAAGGGUAAACAAACACAACAAGCCACUGUUGUGGAUCUAUUCAUCGGGCCCCAGUCUUCCAGUCAGGCCUCAGCCCCCUACCCAGAGCCUGACUCACAAACAUCCAACUUCUGCUCACUAAACCCCCCCCCCC